AUCAAAACAUCAACACCUAUAUGCGCUCUUUCCGUUCUUGUGUAAACAUCGACACCCUCGAAGAUUGUUCUACAAACUAAGAAUAAAGAAAAACGAUGGAUGUUACGUGGUUGGUACAGAAGUUUUGGAUCUAUUUAUGAGAGAAAUCAUUCAACAUUUCAGAGAUGAGCAUCACUAGGGACGCUGGAAGUGCCAUACAUUUCCUUGUGAAUACGGACUGCAACAAGGUGUUUGAGAACAGAGAGAAAAUAGAGCGGAUGUUCAGCGUUACACUUCUCUUAGACAUACCGGCACCAACAAAUAGAUAUAACUGGGUUGGUGUGAGAGGGGAUCCAAGGGACCGGCAUAAUGCAAGGUCCUACAUUCUGUCUCUGGUCAAAGCUCCAGAUUCGAUUUAUACAAUUGAGAAGACGAUUUACUUGCCACCGGAAGUAAGUGAUGACGUCAUAGAGACAGUUGAACGCCGUAUAACUGCAGCCAUUAUUCCAUUUAAAGAUGAUAUCUUUCAUGUCCGUGGAAGCACUUUAAGUGUAAAUGCCGCAAUGACAGAACUUGAAGAAAUCGUUGAUAAAGCUUUAGAACCAGACAUUAUUCACUCAACGCCCGCUAGACCUAAUCACGCUUCAAGAAGACUUUCGUGCGCACUACAAGAAACACUGAAUAAGACAAACCUUAGAGGAAACUACGCAAAUGCCCCGGAUGCAGUCAAACGUGCUAUUGCUAGUUUUCUUAUGGAGAAGACCGAAGAUGAUGAAACAACUGACGAUGAUGUUAUUCUUAUUGAAGAUGAUCAUGAUGAUACUGUUGAGCCCAUUCUGAUUGAAGAUGAUAGCAGUGAUGAUGAUGUGAUGAUUAUAGAAACUCCAAGGAAGACUAAUGCCUCUACGGAAGAAAACGGUAAUUUAUUCAUUGCUGAAGAUAGAAAUUCGAAAAACAGUCAGGCCGUUGAACAAUUGACCAAAGCAUUUAGUGACAUGAAAACACCCUCAAAAUCUAGCAGCAAACCUAAAGUUCAAAAGAAUGUAACUAAAGCUGUAGUCAAACCACUGAACUUUAACAAAGUGAAUAAGGAUAAAACUACCAUUGCUUCUAAUGAGCCAAUGUUUCAAACAGAGGAAAGUGCCAGCCAAAUAGAAAAUGUUGUUACGACAGAAACCCUUGGCAAAAAGAAAACGAAGAGAAAGAAGAAACGAACAGCGUCUAAACUAAUCGAUGACAUCAAUACUGAGGUUAUCAUCAUCCACGAUGACCCUCCCGCGCUUCUUAGAAAGGGGCAAAUGUUCAUAGAAGACAAUAAAGACAAUGAAAAUGAUUCAAAAAGACGUAAAUUGAAAAGUGCAAUAACACAACCAAAUAAGAUAUCUGAAAAACAAACUAAAAACGGUACCGACACUGUUCAAACACAUAAUCAGUCUAAGAAAGGAGAAAAGGAAGGCGGUUCUCUAAAACGCCAAGACAUUUACAGUGAUACAGUUGAGAACUACUUAAAAGAAAUAACUAAAGAUACUGUAAAAGCUAAAGUUUCGUCAGAAAAGAAAAUUUUAGAUAAUGACAUGAAUAAAUUUUCAUUUAAAAAGAAAGUCUCGGUUUAUGGUGGGGACAGGGAGCUAGAAGAGAAUACGGCUGUGGCACGCUCACAAACUUCCAGGUCCAGCGAUCAUCUAAGAUAUAUUAUCAUUGAUGGUAGCAAUGUCGCAAUGGCACACGGUCAAGAUGGUGUAUUCUCAUGCAAGGGACUCAGGAUAUGCGUGGACUACUUCCGGAGCAGGGGUCACCAAAUGAUUACGAUAUUCCUACCUCACUGGCGGAAGUGCCGUCCUAGCAACCCGUCUUCUGUUACCUAUAGAUAUGUCCUUGAUGACCUUGAGAAAGAAGGUUAUCUUGUAUACACACCUUCAAGACGGAUUGGUAACAAACUUGUCGCUUCCUACGACGAUCGGUAUGUUAUAGAGCUAGCAGAGAGGGAGGACGGUGUCGUUGUGUCCAAUGACCAGUAUAGGGACCUACUGCACGAGAAAUAUAGCUGGAGGCGAGUUAUUGAAACAAGAUUGCUAAUGUAUACAUUUGUACGCGAUCAUUUUAUGCCACCAGAAGACCCCUAUGGUAGAAAUGGCCCCUCCCUAUCUGAACUACUGAGACACCCUAGAGCCAGACCUGCAGUGUCGACUGUUUCAUUGGGGCAAGAUAUGUACACCAGACUCAAGUGCUUGGAGGCAGGCAAUCCUAGAUCAGACAAGAGAGAGGCGGAACAAGAUUUCUACAGUAACAGGACUGCUAGAUAUUAAAAUAUACCCUAUUUGAUUAAAUAGUGUUGAUAUAUACACUUUAUUUGCACAAACUGCUUUUCAUUGUUGAGCAAAAUGGCUGCUAGACGUUGUCAAAGUGUUUUACUCGAGUAUAGUGAGAUAGUGGUUGAACACUAAUAAUUUAUUCGCUAAGAAAAUAUGACCGAUCUAUUAUCAUACAUUGUGCAGAGAGUAAUAAUCAAUUUAUUAUAUGACUUUGUAUAUCAUCUGCCUGCCUGUAUAUUAUUAAUCUGAAAUUGACUGACAGUAUAGAACUAUUUGUUACUUAAGAUAUUUAGUAUUUAAAUGUAUUUCAUUCCAUUUUAUUAUACGUUUAUAUACAUCAAAAAUAAAAUGAUGCAAAUUGUU